AUGAACACGGUCACUUUUGUGCUGUGUUGCGCGGUGGCGCUGAGCGGCGCCUCCGCCCUCUCAAUCAAAUUGAGACAAAAUCCGGAGACACUGUGCCUCGGCCAAGAGAACUUCCUACGCAUUGCUAGCGUUGAUAGUUGCCAUGACUACUAUCAGUGCUAUGCGGGUCGCUCCUACCUCAUGCAAUGCCCAACCGACACCUGGUUUAACGAAGAGGAGCAGGUUUGCGACCGGUCAGAACCACCGGCAAACUGUAGAACUGAAAGUGAACCUGAACCAGAACCCGAAGCUGAGCCGGAACCUGAACCGGAACCGGAACCAGAACCUGAACCGGAACCAGAACCAGAGCCAGAAUCGGAACCAGAACCAGAACCAGAACCAGAGUCUGAAACUGAAGUAGAAUCAGAACCGGAAACAGAACCAGAGGCAGAACUGGAGCCCCUCCCUGAAGAGCUUGUUGAAGAAUCUCAGGAAGAGGAAGAACAAGAUGAGGAAGACACAUUUGAAGAAGGCUCGGGGGAAGAUUUCGAAACCGUUCAGGAUGACUCCCUUAUGAAGUUUGUUAAAGCAUACAGGCUAUACAAACUUCAAGAAAUAGAGGAUUCUGAAGAGGGUCAAGAAAUUGAGGAACUUGAAAGGUAUUACGUUCGUCCGCCGCGUCCAUUUCAUAGCUUCUAUCCCUAUGGUCACCACUCACAACCAUCUCACCCAACGGAACAUAUUCCCGAAGAAUCUAAAAUAAAACAAGAAGAGACAGAUGUCGAGGAGGAAGAUGAAGAAGAGGAACAAAAGUUAUUUAUUCAUAUUGGGAGAUCCUUAUUAGUUGACGAUGUAGAAAAAGGUUUGUCAAAGCAAGAAGAAGUUGAAAGUAUCAACGAUGAGGACGGUGAUGAAGAUAAAAAUGAUAAUAUAAUUUUAAGGUUACGUAGAAUGAUCUCGAAGCAAAAUGAAGACGAAGAUGAGGACGAAGAAGAAGAGGAAGAAACAAAAAGGCAGGAAGAAUUAGAAAACGUUGAUGACGAAGACGUUGAUGACGAAGACGAGAAUGAAGAUAGUGAAAAAAGAAAAAAGCAAGAGGAACUCGACGAAGAUAGUGGUGAAGACAGCGAGGAAGACGAAGAAAAGAAACGAAGGCAAGAGGAAAUUGACGAAGAAGAUGAUGACGAUGAGGAAGAUGAAGAUUUAAAGAGGAAAAUACAAGAAGAAAUAGAUGAUACCGAUGAUGAUGAUGAUAAUGAUGACAAUGAGGAUGAAGAAAAGAAGAAAAAGCAGGAGGAAAUAGAGGACGACGAGGAAGAUGAGGAAGGUGAAGAAAAGACAAGACAAGAAGAUGUAGAAAAUGAUGAUGGAGAUAACGAGGAUGAGGAUGAGGAGGAUGAUGAUAAUAAACAGAUAAAAAGGCGUUUACGAAGAUCCUUAAAGCUACAAAGUGAAGACGAGAAUGAAUCGGAUGAAGAAGAUGAUGACGAUCAAGAGGAAGAGCAAUCAAGAGAACAAGUCGAAGAUACGGAUGAAGAUGGGGAGGAAGUCGAGGAAGAUGGUGAAAACGAAGAAGAGACCGAAGAUAGGAAAAACCUUAAGAACGGACAACAGGGAUUAAAAUCAAGACAAAAUGAAGAUGAAGACGAUGCGGAGGAAGAAUUGGAGGAAGAUGUGUCUAGACAAGAAGAACAAGAUGAAGGUGAGGAAGACGGUGAUGAAGAAGAAGAACGCAAAUUAAGACAAGACAUAAACGAAGAUGAUGACGACGAAAAUGACGAAGAAGAGCAAAAAAAUAUUUCACGUCAAGAAAAUGUUGAAGAUGAUGAUCAAGAAGAAGAAAAUGAGGAAGAGGAAAGUAUGAAUGGAGUUAAACGAUUUUUCAGGCGACUUUUCGGAAAUGUAAAA